AUGGCGACAGUAGCGGAAGCCCUUUCGUAUCUACGAACUUUAACCUCGAAUUCACCCAACACUCCACCAGCAGAAAAGAAGAAAGACUUUGACGAGCUUCUUAUUUUUAAUAUGCAGCGUUUAAGGGAAAAUCUCUGCGAGAAAGGGACAUUUCCAGAGAUAGAGCGCCGAUUACAAAUUCAAACAAUUGCGCACGUGAGAGAACUGGAAAAAUCUGAUCACACAUUCGAUGGAAAUAAAGAUGCUGUUGAGAAACUUCAUGCAGAUAAAGAGAGUCGAGAAAAGGAAUUCAAAGAUUUUAUUCGGUGGAUUUUCGUGGAAGCAUGUUUAGAACUUGUAAAACUGUUGAAAGAAGCUUUGAUCGGCGUUGCAAUCGAUGGGCAAGGUAGCGGCAAGGAAGAUAAUCAGAAUAGUAGAAAACGGGAUAAUGAAGUACCACAGUUGCCCCCAGAUACUCUCGGCGUUACUGAUCAAAAGACAGUAUUGACAGCUAUUCAAUUUGUGGUCAUGUUGGGAAUUUGUCCAAAUCUGUUAUCUGGUGUGGGUGUGCCUGUUGAGAAGCGAUCUGGAUUUGCCUCAUUACUGAACAUUCGUUGUAGCAUCAAUAAUGAAAGGCGCUUGUUUGAAUGUAUUAAUACACUUGUUGACUGCAUAGAACAGCCCUCAUUGGGUGCAUUGAUUUUGUCAAGACAUUUAGGAGAUGUAUUGGCUGGGCUUUUGCAGCUAUGUUAUGCGCCAGUUUCCGCUUACUCCAAUAACAAUAAAGGCUCAAUUGCUUCUACAGAGAGGAAAAGUGAUAUCUCUGAUUCUAAUACUUCUAAAAUAUUACAUGAUGAGUCUUGUGGGGAUCCCAAUUCAACCACUGAAAAUCUCCAUAGCACAACAAAAACUGAAUCAAGUGCUGAACCUUCAGUGAAAAGCACCUCUUCUAAUAAACUAGAUCCAGGUACUCUCUAUGCACUAGAAAAAAAUCCCCCAAACAGGAAAGAAAAAAAUGAUGAACAGUUAUUCAUUACCUCGUCUGAAAGGGAAAAAUGUAGUCAGGAUCUUCAAAGAAUUCUAGAUCGUGUUUACCAGCCGAUGGUUGUCAGAGAUCUCCUGAUGCUCCAGGGGGGAUUGUCAAAUGGUAGGAAACAACCUGGGAAAGUUAGUUCCAGGGAAGCAUCUGGUCAUCAAAGAGUGAAUCAUGGAGGAACACUGCAGCAGACUCCAAGGUGGAUGAGAAAUAUCUGUGGCCAACUUCUUUCUGAAAGGCUCAUGAAGCAAAAUGGAGUGAAAGCUGUGUUGCAUGCCCUUCUUGAAAGAUCAGCAGGUACAGCAGCCUCUUGUGAUACCAAUUGAGCUGACACAACUCCUUACAUCCCACCUCACCAGUUUUUCCUUUGAAAAACUCAUUAUGAUCUGCUUGAAGAUCUAAUCAGAAAAGUGCAAAUAGCCUGUAGUUACAGAAAUUCAUUACUGUUGAAUUUCCUCUUUUCAUUUCUCUACUAAUUAUUAUACAAUUAUAGUUUAUACUUUAUUCAGAAUGUAGUCAAGUUACUUGGCAUAUCUUGUGGUAUUUCAGGUGGGGCUGGCUCUCCUGACUGGAAGAAAUGUGAUGUCAUUGCCAAAUUAAUAGCAAACUGUCCUAGUCAGGCAGAAUCUGUGGAAGAGUAUUAUAAGUUAGUUUCUCCACAGGUGAGUGGGGUGUUAAUAAUCUACUUUCCGCAAGCAUACUUUCAGCAUUACUUUCUGGUUGAAUCAUAGACAAACUUGGUUAACCUUUUUAUAUACCCAGACUGAUCAAGGAUAAAAAUCUCCUUAUAUGUUAAAAUUGAAAGAUAUAAGGAAAGGUUGCAAAAUUAGGGGACCCACCAGUGGGGAAACAAUAGAUUGUUUGCAAUGUGUUUGGCUACACUGUAGCAACAUAUUGCAAGAUGUGAUAUGGUGUUGAAUCAAGUUUGAAAAUGGUCAAAUUUUUUUUGCAACAUUUUUGGUUGUUGCAAAAUGUUGCAAAAUGCAUUCAUUUUGCUAGCUCUUUUGUAAAAUCUCACAACAUGAUCCAACGAUGUUGCAAGAUGUUGUGUAAGUUUGGUCAGGCCUUAAGUGACAUGAUGUUUAGGGGGUAUUUCGAGGUUUAAAAUUUACAAGUGUGGGAUUUUAUCGUUGCAUAUUUGUUUUGUUGUUGUUUUUAUUAGGGGGUGCUUGGGAGAUAUGGGAAGAGAUAGGACUAGAGGUGGGAUUUUUUUGGGCGGUGAAACCUGGAUGAUAUAUUUAAUGGGAAAUUAUAAAAUCAUUGGUUUUUUAUCUCUUUUAUCUCCAGAAUAAGGUUUUGAUUACAAUCCUAGAUUGAUUUUUUAUAGAAUUAACCACGUGAAUCUUUGACUGUUUUACCUUUGGAACAGGUAAUCCAGUUGUUACAUGGGCAGAGUGGUGGUGUUGGAAGGCUUUAUAUAAGGACAGCAUCAAGUGUUAUAAUGGAGAUGUUAAUUCAGUAUCCAGAGCUUGCUCAGAAAUAUGUCCUCUCUCCUAUCAUUAGACCUUUGGCCCAAACCACUGAAAGGCAAGGUAGUUAUGAAAUGUGUUCCUAUGCAACUGAAGGGAUUUCCACUGUUAUGGUGGGGUGGCUCUGAUUGAAUAAGGUGCUCAACUGUGUGUUCUUUGCUUGGACAAAAGGCUGAUGCCCGAAAGAUCAGCUGCGAAACUCUUUAAAGUGGCCAAUUUAUGUUAUCAACUCAGUUGAGAAUUCUAAUUUACCCUGUUACACUCUCCCAUGUAGAGUAUGCCCCCUUUAUUUAUGUGUCUUCUCAUGGUCAGUUAUGUUCUGCUUUUGCCACAUUGGGUUGCACCUUGUGCCAUGCACUGUGAAUUUUCAAAACUUAUCAGGAUCUGUUGUCCCUGCUUUUGACUGCAUCUCGGGCUUUACAGACCUCCUUCUCAGGCAUCGUUAGAGAAGUCAUCACCCUCCAUCAUUCCUCUUUUCAAGGUGCAUAGCAAGCGAAUGAUUAGUAUGCUGGAAAUUCUUUUCUGGAAUGAAAGGUCUGGGGGAAUGCCUUGCUCAGGUCCUUUAGUUGGGUUCUUGGGUAUCUAUUACAAAGAGACAAAACUAACACUGAAACUGGAAAAGUGCUUUUCUCUAACCAGGGGUAAACCUGGGUGCUGCUGAACUUCUAGGGAAAGCUGAUACUAAGGCAGCAUGCUGGGGGUAGAGGGGAGGGGAAGGGAAUGGGGAACAGUGACAAAUAAGCAUGUUAAACCAGGGAAGUAGCAAUGUUCCAUUAUAGGAACCAGUAAUUUAAAAUGAAGUGUAACAAAAAUGGGGUAGAAAGUUCAUAACCAGUAACCCUCUCCUCUUAUAUAAAGGAAUGAAGCAACAAUAAUAUUUAAAAGGGUAAAGUUGGCCUAGAGACUAGUGGCUUUCAGAAUUGUAAAACUAACAAAUUCUUAAUAAUCAUUUUUAGGAGGGAGAGCAGGAACCACUGUUGUUGAUGAAAAAAAAGUGGGGCAAUGUGUUGAAGACAUUCACAAGGUACAUUGAGGUGUCUUUUUGAUAGUUUUUGUCUGAUUUAUCCAGUUUGUUACAAUUUAGUGCAUUAAAAGUAACAAACAGCUUUUCUAAUAAAGCCAUAUGUUGUUAAGGCAAAGUUAAACUUUAGACAACUGAUGGCUUCUGAUGUCUGCUGAAGAAUGUUAAAUUUGAUUUCUUGCAUUGAUUUGGGGGAGAGGCAAUUAUAAAAAUUUUAAGUGAAUGGAGUGUGUCACUGAGAUUUUCAAACUCUGAAAAGACAAAAUUGUCACUGACUGCAGCAUAUUGACCUCAUAGAGCCACAUCUGGCAUAUGUGGACUGAAUAUUAUGAAUUAAAUGUAAAAAAAUGGUAGAACCUCAGACAUAGACCAAUUUUGGGUCUGGAAUCAAGGAGGAAUCAAGACCUAAAGAAACAGUUGCCUGUUCAGAACGAAUGAGGUAGUGUGCUAUAUGGGCAAAAGGAAAAAGUGGUCACAUUACUUAACAGUGGCUGUUGAGAAGUUACAGCUCUGCUGUGAGGUUAGGACUUACAUGUUUCUAAUCAAUAAUUUUUUUUUGUAGGUAUUUGUUUCUGGGUCACCCAAAAGUGCCAUAAAAGUUUUGUUGCCAAUUGUUCAUCCAGUAUUUGAGCUCUUCUGUUUCACUAGAAAGGGAGUGUCUCAUUUAAGGUGAGCAUUUAUGUUGGCUGAAAAUGGUGGCAAUUUGUAGAAAUUAUGGCCUUAGGAAGUAAGAACUGUAAUAUUUCACAAGUGACCUUAGGAAACAAUAGUGGAUCUCUAUCAUUAUAUUACAUUGCUCACAUUAGGUUAUGCUGGUAUUGCGACACGAUUGAUUUCAUUAUUGUUUUGUUAAUUUUUAGGUCUGUUCUCCAAGAAAUUCUUGUUCAUGUACUAAAGCAAGCUGAGCCAUGUCAAGUACUCCAACUUCUGUAUACCCUGGCUUUCAAGAUGAAUCCUUCAGAUAAUUUGUCAUUAUCAAAAUCUUCUGCACACAGCAAUGGAGCCAAAAAAGAUGAAAAAGAAGUAAUUUUCAUUCCUCUUAUGGAUGAGAAUUUUGUGUUUGCAUAUGGAGAUGAAGGUGGAGCUUUAAUCAGAUAUCAAAGUGCUGAUGAGCAGUUCAAUGCAGAGAGUAUCUUGAGAGAUUUACAAGGAAAUGACUUGAGUGGCAGUGAAGUCCAAGCCCAAUGCAUUGUGGAACUUCUGAGGGGUCUAAAUAAGGAUGCUAUUGCUGGAGACUUCUUUAUUUACUUGAUGCAGGAGUUAACAAAAAUCAUAUCAGACUUCUUGGAAGAGAUUGAGUACAAAGGUAAAGUACCUAUUGUGUCAACUAUUUUUUGGGAUCUCUGUUUUCAUGCAUUUUUUAAAAAUUUUUUAUUGAGUCUGUGUAAUCACUUUUAAUAAUUUAGGUCACAAAUUAAAGUCCUUGAAUAUGAAACAUUUUAUUUUUACUUACAGUUAACUGUUUUUUUUUUUCUUUGUUCAGAUGUACAACACAAUCUUUUGAUCCUUCAUCUUGUUGCGCUUAUGUGCGAAAAGCUUGGACCUUCCAUUCUGACAGACACUCCCCAGAUGUUGGCCUUCAUAGAGUCAACACUGAUACGCGCCUGUGCCAUCAUCCAUGCAGAUGAGCAGGGACUGGGACUGGCAUUUGUCACUGAGACUCUAACCAUGGCCCUUGGGAUGUUGUCGGCAGUGCUGAGUGGAGAAGGAGGAGGACUGGAGGUGAGGUGUAGAAUUUGAGAUUUGAUCUGGUUUAUACUCAAACGGGCAAUUUUCAAGCGGCUGUUUCAGAUAAUAGAGCAAGUGAUAGUCAUGCAUUGAAUUUAUUUCAGAUGAAAAAGGAACAUCGUCCCCUUGUUCAAAAUCUUUUGCCCUUACUUGAAACACUUGCUGAGCAACACUCUUCGGUAGAGGUUCGAGAUAUGGCGAGUGAUCUGCGCAUUGCCAUAGCGACACACGGAGCUGUGUGGAGCCACAAAAUGGAGGCUGCAGCGAUACAUACAUACAUACAUACGAUGAAUUUUGGGAAGCAAACCGAUGCAGUUAGGAUAAAUUCUGAAUCUACAGCCGUCAAAGGUAUGUGCCACUCGUGGUCCGAAAUUGAUUCAACUUCUUAGCUUUUUCAAUCUGGGACAUUCAUUAAAGCAGCAAACGUUUUGUACUUUAUGUGACACGAUUCCUACAGAAAGCUGUGGAAGGCCGAAGCAUUUUGUCACUCUCGAAAGAGUAAAUGAGGGAUUGAGGUUUCACGAGUGAGAGAAGAGCACUUCACUAGCGCCUUACAUGGAUCAAGGGACAGGCUGGACUUUUUAUUACUAUGAAUCAUCACUUUCUCCAUAGACAGGGGAGGAGGCACCCACCUCCAAGAGUCUACUCUCCCCCCCCCUCCCCUCCGUUAGUGGGCCAUGCCUUCAAUGGUAUACUUGUUCUCUUUUUCAUUGCAUGUGUUUUUCAUCUCAUUUCCUUUAGAAAACGCAAACACUGAAGAAAAAGACAAAUUCGACGAAGCCUUCUCUCAGGUCUGUGAUCCUUUGAUUCCCGUCCGCGGUCAUAGUCUGUUGCAAUUAGCCUCCCUCCUACGCCAAAGGAACCCCAAAGCUGUUCAGGCUACAGACACGUUACUAAAGAUCUUCUUGGAACAAUUAUCUUACGACGACUCUUACAUUUACCUGGCUGCCAUUCAGGGGCUUGUCUCUUUGGCUGAUGUCAGGGCAGAUACGGUCAUGCCACAACUCGCUCGCGAGUUUGUUGCUUGUAGGAAAGACGCAGGGAUUACCGCUGGCUCUACAAAGGAGGCGAAUGACAAGGGGUACUAUAAACCAGGUGACAUAGCUAAGUUGUGUUUGAUAUCUCGAUUAUCACAUGUUAGAGCAUGAACUCGUUGUUCUUAACGAAUUUUUGAUACCACAUUGACGCGCGUGCCAGUCAACGAGAGAGUGAGCAAAGUUGUAUGAAACUUUCCUGGGCAUUUAUUUUAUAGGGAGUCGGGGGUGUCCUUGAAAGUGGUAUCAUCACGUCAAAUACUAAUGGUUUCUGAGUGGUUGGGAUUUGAUUGCAUUUUACACGUUUCCUAUCACAUAGCACAUACACACACUCUCCACAAAUCACGGGUCGUGCAUAAUGCCUUAACAUGUAUUUCUCUAAUACUAACCGUAACGCUUCCGAAUUUAAGGAAUAUUUAUCAGUCCCGAACAUCAGUGACACACUCGGCUACGCCUCGUGUGCCACUUUUUUGUUCUUACCAGAUUUUGACGUCAUCUGUGAUCUAUUACUGAACAGACGCACGGCAACUUGGAAUCUAUUUGUUAAUUAGUUCAGAGAAUGUAGUAUUGGAUCAACUAAUUAUCCCCAAAUUGAUAUUUUUCUUUAUUCUCCUCACUCAUCUUGAUGAUAUUGUGAAAAAUAUUAUGAAAAAUUCGUUUUUCUAUGUUUAUUUAUUUGCUUUUCAGUUUCAUGUGGAGCAAACCGAUCUACCAGGUCUCCUGAAUUAAGAAUGAAAAUCGGAGAAGCAUUGGUAAAAGCCACAAGAAUCUGCGGUGAACUGGUGCCCAGAUAUUCCCAGCAUCUCUUGCCAGCCUUGUUGACAGGUGUCAAAGAUCCUGAGCCCUUGGUGCGGGCCAGCAGUCUGUCUAAUCUUGGUGAAGUGUGUCAGUUGUUGAGGUUCUCUUUGGGUCCUGUCGUGAACGAGGUUGGUGAGAUGAUAAUCUGAAAUAUCAUGAUUGAAUGUGUUAGAUUCCCCGGAACGGUGGCUGGAAAAGUAUCUUACUUCAUCAUGCAUUAAAGCUCUCUUCAAAAAGCGGCCCAAAAGCCACAUACCCAACGCUCCUUAGCGAUUUAAAUAGUUUGUAGCAAAAAAAAAAGAUAAAAAGCACAAGAAACGUAGAUAUGUGAUAGGUAAGAUAAAAGAUGAUUAGGGAAAAUCGAAAAAUUAAAUUCACACGUUUCUCUUUAUUUUUCUUUAGAUUUUCAGUUGUGUAUCUGCUGUACUAAAGACAGACAAGUCGGCCGAAGUCAGACGCGCCACAGUCCUUGUCCUAACUUUACUACUUAGAGGACUGGGGAAGAGUAUUAUGGAGGUAGGGAGAGUAACUAAUCUGGUUAAGUGAAAUAAUAAAGAAAUAAAAAGAAUCCGACAAAUGCUAAUGUGUCACAGUUUGCCCAGCAGUCCAUUCCGGUUCCUUUCAGCUUUUCAGGAAGUCGCGCGAGGGCUCGCAACGAAAGCGAAGAGAAGGGGGCAGAGGACUAACACAAGGAGGCAUAAGUUGAGACAUUAGAAACUAAAGGCUCGCGGAUGUUGAGAGUUUUUUUUUCCUUUGUCUCUUUAGACGGGUCUGUUGUCUGUACCUUUUAGUUGACAUUGCUAAAACAGUAGCGUUGCAGGUGGUUGUUGGAUUUCAAAGAGCAGCGGAAGUUCUUGCAUUUUACUUCCCAAUGCCAUUCGCUUCGGAAAAACGUCAGUGCAUAAGAUCCCCACUGUUUGGUCAAGAUGUGUGGCUCACAAAGAAACUGGCAAAGAGCACAUAUUUUGAAUUUAUUCUUCUCUUUUAUUUUUUUUGUUAUACGUCAUUUUUAGGUUCUAAGCUCGACUCUGAGGGAAAUCUACCAAUUGUUGAAGGUGGUGGAGUCAACAGAUCCCGAUGACAUCACUCGACUUCAUGCGCAAAGUGCUCUUGAUAAACUGAAUAACAUAACGAGAGAAUAUUUGUUUCCUGAACCUUCCUUUACAAAACGUAUUCAAGUGUUGCCUUGAUACAAUCAAGCUACUAAGUCAUUUUAAGGUCAACAAAAAUUAUUUCAUUCUCGAAACACAUCGAUAGAUAUAAAGAUAACGAGAUGCUUUAUCUUGAGAAAAAAAUGUGUCUGUCGUAACUCGUACAAAAGAUGACCACGGUGGUAAUACGCAGACCGGUGGAUGGACCUCGGGUAGAAGAGCCGAGAGUGAUAAUGAGUGGGGGUUCUCAUGUUGUGUUCUUGAGCAAGACAUAACUCUAACAGUUCCUCUCGUCAACGUGGUUACCAGAGAGCCGUCUGCCCUCAGUUUUCUUCAUUUCCUGGUUGUAAGUGGCGAGGAUGUGUUGGCUUAAAAAUUUGGCAA